CACGACACCAAGCUGCCAUGCUUCGCGAUACAUAGAGGCCACGUUUCAGAUUUCUAUUCCUUUCGGUUAUGUUCUGCGAUUCGUGUCUCUUAGAUACACUUUGGGUGCCUAUUUCAUUGUGGAUUCGACUUGUCGUCUCUGAGUUCGUUUAAUCCGAACCCAAACUCCCGGCCGCAACCUUCAUUGAAGCAUAGAAUGAAGGUCCUAUUUUUUCUUGACGGGUUCCUUGCUUCCUUGUAAUGCCUUCGUUGUUUCGCAGACCAGGCGAUAGUUCCUCUAGCGAUAGCUCAUCAGAGGGCGCCAACGAGGACACAAACGCACCACCGGAGGACUUGAACCUUUUGUCGAGGAUCAAAACUAUUGACUCUGCUCAAUCCGAACGCCAGGUGCCGGGAAGCCGCCCUGCCAUCUCACGGAAUAAUAGCCAGUUUCGUGAUCUUAUUCUUCAUUCGCUGCUCGAGGACAAAGCGCUUCGGGAAGCCGCCGAACAUCUGGGCAAAGAUCGGAGUGCCCCAGAAGUCCAAGAACUUGCACAGACGACGUAUCGAGCGCUUUGUCAACAACUUUCGGGACAAUAUGAAGUCGACAAGAAGUAUGCUAGUGACGAGAUGCGCGCACACCGUGCUGCAGCGCAAGAGGGUAUAGAUGCCCUGACGCGCAGCCACCUUCCCCAACUUGCAGCGCAAGCAGUCGGUGAAACCAACGCACUCAUGUCGCACCCUGGUGCCGCUCGCAAUAUCUCUGGUCUCGAAAAUGUUCUUAGUAGCAUCCCCCCUCUCCUUGAGCUUCCCCUUCAAGGUUAUCCUGGUAUCCACAGCGAUCGUUAUGCUCGCGAGUUCGUCGAAAUUGCUACCAUCGGAAGGGGCGGAUAUGGAAAAGUGUACAAGGUCAAACACAAGCUCGAUGACUCUUUCUAUGCGAUUAAACGAAUCAUGGUCAGCCCAGCGCGUCUACAGAAAAUAAAGGAGCAUGGACCAAAAGAGAUGGAAAGUAUGCUCAAUGAGGUUAGGGCGCUUGCGCGCUUUGAUCACAGCAACGUCGUUCGAUAUCACAAUGCCUGGCUAGAAUUUAUAUCAGGGCAAAUGGACGUGUCGGCGCCCCCUACAGCUUUCGUUCGGAUCGAUAGACUCCUGGAGAACGGUUUUACCAGACCCGACAGUGUCCGCGGUGUCGACAAACUACCGUCUAACUUCAACAACCUGUGCUUUGAAGACUCACUUAGUGACGAAGGCCUUAAAGAGGGCCUGGACGUUGUUUUUGAAACUAGUGAUAGAGGCGGUGGUCAAGACGAUACAAGCUACGGGCCUCAGAGUGCAUCUUCAAACGACGCGCGGAUGACAGAACAACGCCGUUCACGCUGCAUUAGUAACGCAACGAUUGAAACGAUGUCUUCCUCCCGUUCUCAGAUGAGCACAAUUCAUGGUUUUGGAGAGGAAAUCGACGAAGACGUGGAAGUCAUUCCAAGAAGUUACCAGCCAGUCCCACAGGACACUUCUUCCGACUUCUCGCCAAGUAUGUUGUCGCACAGCGACAUUCCUGGCCAUCUCAUAUCUACACGCGCGUCAGGACCGAUCUUAACUCUCAACGUCCAAAUGAGUCUCUACGAUACAAACCUGGGCGAGUUUCUGUCCGUCGAACAGAACUCUUUAGCUGCCCUAAGCAAUCCCACAUCCGUCCAAAUACGCCAUUGUUUCCACCCGCACGUUAGCCUCGACCUCCUCACCAAAGUCCUCGCCGGUGUCGAAUACCUCCACGCAGAAGGCGUCGUACACCGCGACCUUAAACCCGCUAACAUAUUCCUCUCCCUCAGCGCCUCUAACAUCGCACCGUCCGGCUCCGUGGACCUCGCUAGCUGCCACGACUGCCCCACACGCACCUCUCUUCACAUAAAUCCCCGCAUCGGAGACUUUGGUCUCGUCGCCGCUCUAGGAGACGGCUGUCUAACAUCCGAUACUGCCAAAAAGCCAGUUGGGACGGAGCUUUAUCGGCCAGAGAGCGUCGUAAGGGUGAACGAGAAACUAGAUGUUUUCGCGUUGGGAAUCAUUGGGUUUGAGAUGCUGUGGAGAUGUGGUACCAGGAUGGAAAGAAUCGAUGCUAUCAUGCGGCUUCGGCGAGGUGAGCUUCCCUCUGGCUUUGCUGACGUGGUGGGGGGUGGUGUACCGGAGAUCAUUCAGGGGAUGGUGUGCACGGACGAUAACGGCAGGUGGAGUUGUGAAAAAGUGAAAACAGAGUUAUGGAAUGCAAUGGAGGGGCUGAGGCAGCAGCAAGUUGGUUUCUGA